CGCUAGCGCAUAUGAAGGCAGCGGCAUUGGCGAAUUUCCUCAUUAAUUUUUCGGUGGUUCGCAAGCGAAGUAGUGUCCGGUAUGGCCGCGACGGAAAAUAUGAGAGACGGCGACGGUGUUCAGUUUUUCGAGGGUGUUGAAAAGCUCCUCGAGAUCUGGUUUACCAAUGGUGACGGCGGAAGCAAAUCUGCAGAUUUACGUAAAAUACCCAGAAACAAACUGGAGUCGCUGUUGAAAAUCGUGCGGUGUGAAAUUAUUAGUUUUGUGAAAAACGACCAGAUUGAUGCCUAUGUGCUUAGUGAAAGCUCGAUGUUCAUAUCCAAGCGACGUUUCAUACUGAAGACUUGCGGAACGACCACUCCAUUGUUAUGCCUUCAGCCUUUGCUACUACUUGCUGAGCAAUAUGGCGGAUUCACCAAGGUGGAGGAUCUCUUUUACUCUAGAAAGAACUACAAACGGCCAGAAUUGCAGAUCAUGCCACAUCAACAUUUCGAUCAAGAGGUAGCUCUGUUGGACACUCUGUUUCCAGACGGCGCAGCGUACUGCCUAGGAGCCGUGAACAAAGACUGUUGGUACCUGUACACGCUGAAUCCCAUUCCAAAGAAAACGAUCCUACCGGACAUCGGCAACGCACCCUGUGACGAGGCCGAUCAGACGUUAGAGAUCCUCAUGACGGAUCUGGACCCGGAAAUAAUGUCCAUAUUCACCAAAGAAGAGUGUUUGAAUGCGACAGAAGCUACUAAGAAGUCUGGUAUCGAUAAAAUCAUUCCAAAUAUGGUAAUAGAUGAUUUUCUAUUUGAACCAUGCGGAUAUUCAAUGAAUGGAGUAACCAAAAAUAUCGUUGCUAACAGCCCCGACGGUUGCUACAUGACUAUCCAUAUCACCCCAGAACCUGAUUUUUCGUAUGUUAGUUUUGAGACAAACAUUCCUUCCAGCUCUUAUAGAGAAAUUAUCCAGAAGGUAUUGGAUACGUUUAAUCCUGGGAAAUUCACCGUUACUAUUUUUGCCAAUCAGGCAUCCCCGACAAAAGACACAUCAAAGGAGCUGCUGCUCCUGAACCACAUCGGUAAAUGGCAACGUCGCGACAUCCAGCUGUGCAACUUCAAGAACUACGAUCUGAUCUACACUUUCUAUUGUCGUUUUCCGAGCUGAGGGUGUGAGGUCGAGUUGCGCAACGCCGCAGCUAACAAGACCUUCUUUCUCUCCCUAUUUGUCACCACACAUUCGCCUUCAGCCUUUAACCCCCUCCCCUUACCCUUCAAACCCGGCUCCCCAUUGGACACCGCCAAGCUCGUCUGUCACUUGUACCGCACUUACGUCAAAAAUAGACCAUCAGAUGCCGCGGAGGGGCGUUGCGCCGUUACAAAAUUAUUUUUGUUGAAUCUUUUUGUUUAUUACGAUAUUUUGUUUAUGGUUGUUAAAGUUUAUUCGGAUCUGGGGGUGAUAAAGAUGCAGCGAAACGGUUUUCCUAAAAAGGAGUCCCAUUAUGUCAAGACGCAUAACGUCAGUCUAAAACCGCAGUUCAGUCCGUUUUCGUUUUAUUAUCUUUAUUUUACGUUGUUCGCUCCUGUCUUUAAGUUCACAGACUUCGAGUCGCCACUUGUUCUGUUUUCGUGGUGGCGGAACAAGAUUUCGUGAGAAUUACUGAAAAAGCUUUCAAAGUAGGUAGAGGAUAGUGGACUUGUAUGCGUAAUAUUUAACCUAUGAGGGUGAUGGUGCGCAUAUGUAUAGAUUUGAGUUGUUUAGUCCCUUUCCCGCCACUUUGUGAGUUGAUCAGAUUUCUUUCUCUGGUUUUUGUACGUAGGACGCGGCCACAGAGCUCGCUUUUUAUUUCUGGACCUCCGAAGGAUUUCUCUAAAAAUCUUUUGAGUUGAGCUUUCUGCUAGCAGGGUUGGAUCAGGUCCACUUUUAUAAAACAGCUAUACUGUAUGUGUAGUAGUUAUGUGAGAAUUCCACGUAAAUAGUCGCUUAGUUUGGUUCUUCAUCUUGGAAUAUUUUUUUAUUUUUUGUAUUUUAUUUCAUAGUAGACUUUCUGUAUUUACCCACAAAUGUAAAUCAAAAGUAGGUUUAGUUGCUGAAAAUAUAUAUUUACAUGUUGAUGUUGAAUCAUUUCAGAGUAAUAAAUAUAUAAAUUUAGUAGAAA